AAAAUACAAUUUCAAGUUCGGUGAAUCAGUCAAAUGGAACUGCCUCGGACCCCGCGGAGCAAAUUUGUUUCUCAAGGUCCUCUCCUUCUCUCUCUCUCUCUCUCUCCCCUUGAUCCAAAUCUUCACCCACUGCUCUGUUUCUCCCUCUUCCGUGGCUUCCACUGCUCCUACUCCAGCUCCGCUGUUGCAUUUGAGAGGAGGAUGUCGUCUGGUGGUGAAGACACCCAUUGGUGCUAUCAAUGCAACCAUUCAUUUUGGCUUGGUGGAGAAGACAUAGUUUGCCCUUACUGUAAUGGUGGUUUUAUUGAAGAACUUAACGAUUUACAUGAUGGAACGAUUCAAAAUGACACUAAUCUGGGCACAGAAGAAGAAGAUUUUUCAAGUCAGGUGCCUCCAAUUUUUGAAGCCAUGUUUGCAUUGAUGGGGCGAAGAAGCCCUUAUCCGAGAUUUGGACUUCUUGAAGCUGUUGAUGCUUUUACCAGAGAGAGAAUGGCUGGAAGAAAUCCUAACUUUGAUGUUAGGAGAAGAUCCAGUUCUGUCCCAGGACAGAAUUUGGAUUUUUUCAAUUCUUUUUGGUCAUUCCACGAACACGUUCCCGGUCCGUCCUUCGCUAGUGUCGCUCCAGAAGGUAGAUCUAGUCAACUUUCGGGACUGCAAGCGUUGGGUGCACAGAUUACCAUGAAUGAGAGGAGGGAUCCAGUUCCAGCUCCUGCAUCUCAUUCAUCCAUAGAAGCAAUGCCUACAAUCAAGAUCAACCAAAUGCACCUUGGCACCGACUCUCAUUGUCCAGUCUGUAAAGAAAAAUUUGAGCUAGGAUCUGAAGCAAGAGAGAUGCCGUGUAAUCAUAUUUAUCACUCUGAUUGUAUCCUCCCUUGGUUGGUCCAGCACAACACUUGCCCCGUUUGUCGUCUCGAGCUGCCUCAACAAGAUACCAGGCACGCUUGGAGUGGCGGUAGCAGCAGCAGCAGCAGCAAUGGUGAAGUCUCAAAUGGGAGAGAGAUUACUCAACUAGGUCUGGGAAGGAGGAAUCCAUUACACGAUUUCUGGACUACUUCAAAUGUACUUCAUCGUUUCAGCAGUGGUAUUCGCAGAAAUGGCACAUCCACAAAUCACUACCACGAUAACGAGAUGAGUUACCCCGAAUGGCCUUUUCAUUACUAAGUCUUAAUUUCUCUCUACUCGAGCAUGAUUUCUGUGAAACCUAUAUUGCAUAGCAAUGGGGCAAUAAGAAAUAAGAAUCAGCUCUAUAGCUGUGAUAUCAUGAGCUGGUUUUUUUUUCCCUUUUUUUUCUGUACAAUGGUCAAAAGAUCAGACCAUCUGCUGCUAUGACUUAGCGCUUAAAUCAAGUGUAAUUAUAGUCAUGUUUUAUGAAUCAAUUGAGAAGACAAUUGCUUUUUUUUCC